AUGUUAACUUAUGAAGAGAAAUGUGUGUCUACUGAUUUGAAGAAAAACUGCAUAUCAACUAAAGGUGUUGAAGAUAGACGUAAUAAAUUAAUGACAGUUAGAUUGAAAAACAAACUUCUUUCUAUGUCAUAUUUAAUAUAUAAAGUUAUUUAUAAAAUUAUUUUAAAAAAAUGUGUAAUUCAAUUAACAAAACGUGUUAUACUUCUUCGUUUUUUUUUGUUGUUGUAAAAUACUGACUAACUCCAAGCAGACUCUGGAUACUAAGAAAGUCGAAAUGCCUCAGUUACUAAGUUGUAAGGUGACUUGAAGAAAAGGUAUUCUUUUUUUUUUGAAAAUGGGGGGAGGGGGGUUAUGGAGAUCUAGUAAAAACCUUGAAAAAAAAAACAGCCAAAAAAUGGCUUUGGAAACAUUGAACAACAUCAUAUUCAAUCAGCAUUCAAUAGAAGUUUUGCCAGAAAUAUCUAGUAAGUGGAAAGUCAUAUGUCGCGUUUCUGAUUGAAUGAUUACCUAUUACUGCUACUAUGUUUAAUAGCAUUCCAGAAUUUUCAGGAAAACUCAAGACCAUCUAAAAUACUAUAAAUACCGUAGAUUUUUUUUAUAUAUGAAUAAACAUUUGGAGUAAAGCGUAUUCUUCCAUAUUUCACGCCUUGUCUCUCGUAUUCAAAUUGCUGUGUAUAUUUAGUGUGGAAGAUUACUGGAGAGCUUAGUAAUCGAAUCUAACGUUCACUUAGAAGACUUAUCAAUUAUAAACUACGAAAAUCAUAAACUUAGUAUAAGCAUCACACUUUACUUUAUUGUCAAUUCAUACUUACUUACUUACUUACUUACUUACUUACUUACUUACUUACUUACGCCUGUUACCCCUUGUCGAGGAGCAUAGGCCGCUCACCAGCAUUCUCCAUCCAACUCUGUCCUGAGCCUUCCUUUCCAGUUUAAAUGGAUUGAAUAAUUUUUUCUGAUUAGCGUUUUUUUAGCCAGUUAGCUUUUCUAAGGGAUGGGGUCACUAACCCUAUGCCCAACUCUCCUCCUUUACCUGGGCUUGGGACCGGCAGUAACUCUAGAAGAAAUACUGAAAGUGAUAAACUAUCAUAAGGUCAUACACAGAGUACUAAGGUAUCACAUUGUUUUCUCAUCGUCCUGUUUAAAUCCUAGUGAAGAUUAAAGAAGUACGGGUAACUUCUGGGAUCUAUUAAUGGACUAAUAUUCUAUAAAUAUUCUUAAUGUACACUUAUUCAGUGAUUGGAUUGUAUGUAUCUAUAUUCCUCUUAUCAUAAGCUUCAUUUUUACUUAUAGGUUAUUAUUAUCAUACGAUCUACUGGUCUUAAAUUAUGUUCAGUUUAUUAAUUAUCGUCUCCCACAAUCAUAACUACGUUUUGACUUGAUCUUGUAUACAUGUUAUUUCCUAUUUUAUGGUGUGAUGUGGUCUGUCUAGCUGGUAAUAUAAACAAGCGUUCUGGACUCAACUGGAAAAGCUAGGCGAACAAAGGACUAAUAAAGACGCUAGGUUGCUCAUUCCAAUCGAACGUCAUUGGUUUGGAAUAGUACUAAGAUUGAAUAAGUCGUGUUCCGAUUGGCGAAUGAAUCACGUGAUAACUAGCUGAGCUUCAAGUCAUAUCAAAAACACUGACUGACUGAUUAAUGAAGACUUGUUGUCAGAAACUUUCAGUGAUCUGUUAUACUUCUCUAAAAGUUUGAAAUGAUCCUUAUCAAAUGGAUUCUAUUAUUUCUUUGUUUAAAUUAAAGACGAGCAAAAACCUGGUGAUUACUAGGUCUAUUAAGAGGUAGGUAAAAAGCAGUCAAUUUUAUGAGUAUGAUAAACGAGAUAGAAUUUUAUUGUUGCUAUGUUGUUGAAACUUUUAGCCAUAAAAAUUACACAAUCAAUACACAAGAUACUGGGAGCGUUUAGUAGAAGUCAUCAAGCAAACACUGUCAUAAAGAAAGAAGAAAAUUAUGAUGUCCUCUUCUUUCUGAAGGUUCUGUUGAUAUGAUCUUUUUGACAAUAAAAGAAAUGUUCGUCACAAACCCACUAAAUCAAGCAAACUCACUCAUUUCAAAGCUAUUUGUUGUGGCUUCAGACAUUGAUUGAUAUCAUUUUCUAAAAUUACCAAUCGGAUCUCUAAGUAUGAGUUUUUUCUUCGCUCAGUCUAUUAUUUCUUUUACAGCCUGAUAUCCAGGACACUCUAUAUCAACCUCGAAACGAAGCAAGAUAAGCUCUAUUUCUUCAGCUUUACUCAAACCUCUAUCCCACCCUUUGAGUUUAAAGAGAAGUUAGAAGUCAACUCCCAUUAUUUCUUUGUUUCGAGCACACUUUAGUUUCACAAUAUGAACAUACGGAACCACAUCACACUAUGAAAUGAAAAAUUAUAAUUAUACGUGAACAAGCCAAAUGUAUCUGUAUAUAAAUCAAGCUAUGAAUAACUAUUAGGCAAUACAAUAGCAAUACUAAGCAGUAUAAUAAGAGGCAAUAAGUUAAAUGGAAGCUUAUGAUGAACGGGAUAUGCGAACAUAGCAGUCUAGUUACUUAGCAAUUUUACGGUAAAACUGUCAGUGAUAAUAAUGGUUCAAAAGUUCCAACUUUUAUCAUAUUCGUCCUGUUGUAACAAUGUUCUACUGUCAUAUAAACUAAAUCUAGUCGAAUGUCUGGUUCAUAGGACUAAAUUUACUAGCUCUGACGACAUCUUCGAAAAGUAACUAAAAGUUAUCCAUGAACUACCUGUUUUAAUGAACAUUCAUCAAAGUUACUAUCGUAGCAUACAUGGCGAGACUAUAAUUUAUGGAAGAAACAAUCAGAUUUAGGAUAUCAGGUCUCAGAUUUUGGCACGAAAUUCAUUCACCUAUUUGUCUAAAUAGCGUCUUAGGAUUUUAGUCGAUGUCAGUUCGUGAUGAAAACAAUAAAUCUAAAUCCUUACCCUAAUCAUCAACUGUAAAUUAUGAUUCCAACUGGUUUAUGACACUCAUUAAGUCCUAAUUAGUAGAUGCCCAUUUUCAAAGUCACUUUAGCGUUGCUUAAAGGUCGUCCAUAAAUUAUAAUCUCAUCGAUAUAGCUAGUAAAUUAAUGAUGAGAAGUAUGAGAGAGACCUUAGAAUUAGCAUUCAACGCACCAAGAUUAUGUCCUUAUUUAUUUAAGCAACCAAUAGGUGAGUUAGCGAAAUAAUGAAGAGUUGUAUAGUUCCACCACCUUUUUGUGUAUUCACAUACCUUUAUUUACAUUCGCUUCAUUAAUUGCUGUGAGGAUGGCCCACAGGUAAACUCAAAACAGCUCAGAAAGAGUUGAAUAUAUUCCAUCCAAUUAUCUUUUGCAAGAAUAUUCCAGAAUCUUUAUGUGUACUUUCCUUAUUGACCAAAUGCUAAUAACCUCCUGUAUGCAGAUUAGAGGACUAUAAUAAUGAUUUCGUUUUUACUAAAAACUAUGAAUACUUGACAAUUUGUACCACGGUUGACACUGUUUGGAAUAACAUUC